CUUUGUGUCUCCAUUGAAAUGAAGAAGCUUCUAUGGAGUCUGACUCUGUUUGGUCUCAUUCUCUUAAUACUCCCUGUGAAUGGGAUUAUGGAGUUUGAUGAAAUGGAGUGGUUUACGGAUUUCAAUGGAACAAAGAUGUUUCAGACUGAAAGUGAUGUAUAUUCUGAUGCAAAGUUUCCAAUGGUAGGACUCACUCUUAUUCAAUCUGCUGCUUCUAAAGGAGCAGUGUGUCUCGAUGGAAGUCUUCCUGGAUAUCAUUUUCAUCGAGGGUCCGGUUCAGGAGCUAGGAAUUGGCUAGUUCAAUUGGAGGGAGGUGGAUGGUGUGAUACCAUUAGAAAUUGUGUAUACCGUAAAAAAACUCGUCGUGGAUCGUCUAAGUAUAUGGAGAAACAGAUACCUUUUACAGGAAUUCUAAGUGACAAAGCCGCGGAAAAUCCAGACUUUUAUAACUGGAAUAGAGUAAAAGUUAGGUACUGUGACGGUGGAUCCUUCAGCGGAGACAGCGAAAAUAAGGCUGCACAACUUCAGUUUAGAGGAAAGAGAAUAUGGUUAGCUGCUAUGGAAGAGUUGAUGGCGAAAGGAAUGCGUCAAGCCAAGCAGGCUCUGCUCUCUGGAUGUUCUGCUGGAGGUCUUGCCGCGAUUCUACGCUGUGACGAUUUUGGGAAUAUGUUUUCUUCUUCCACAAGAGUGAAAUGUCUGAGUGAUGCUGGCUUUUUUCUAGACGCCAUUGAUGUGUCUGGAGGUCGAUCUCUUAGGCGUUUAUAUGCCGGUGUGGUAAAGUUACAGAAUCUGGAAACAAAGCUCUCUAAAGACUGUGUUAACCGUCUCAAUCCAACUUCGUGUUUCUUCCCACAAAAUCUGAUAAACCAAAUCAAAAUUCCGUUGUUUAUUCUAAAUGCUGCAUAUGAUUCAUGGCAGAUCCAAGAGAGUCUAGCUCCUAAAUCUGCAGAUCCAAGUGGAAGUUGGCAUGAUUGUAGACUUAACUACGCCAAGUGCAGCACAUCUCAGAUCCAAUUCCUGCAAGGUUUCAGGAAUCGUAUGGUGAAUUUGGUAAAGGGUUUCGCAAAUCCACGUAAAAAUGGAGUCUUUCUUAAUUCUUGUUUUGCUCAUUGCCAAACAGAGAGGUAUGACACAUGGUACUCCAAAAACUCUCCUGCGGUUAAGAACAAGGGAAUUGCAGUAGCUGUGGGAGAUUGGUAUUUCGAAAGAGGAGGAGCAAAACUCAUCGACUGUGCUUAUCCUUGUGACAAGAGUUGCCACAAUUUGGUCUUUAGAGGAUAGCUUAGUUUCUAUUUUCUUUGGCAUCAAAAUGCAUAUUUUUUUCUAGCAAAACAAUGAAAACGAAAUAAAAACCAUUUGAUAUCUUCUCC